UUGUUCUAUGGCAAAUCGUUCUCGUCCGUGCAUCAUUAUUGACAACGGAACGGAGUACUUGAAGGCAGGGCUAAGCACAAACAACAAGCCUACGACAACUGUAAAACGUGAGGCUGUGGACGAUACACUGCAAGAGUUUCUAUCCGAUGAGCAACGUAGAGUUAGGUGGAUGCAAGGAAAAGAAUCUGUCGUCAACUUUGAGUCUCUAAAAAGGUUAUGGAAAGUACCAAUAGACGAAGCUAAAAACUAUUGGUCAAUGUUUGACGUCGCCACAAAAGAAUUCAAUGUCGUACUUAUCAAAAGCGAACUUCAUACCGAAAGAGACAUUGCAGAGAUGGCAGAGAUUCUAUACGAAGACUUUGGAAUCUCAGGCCUCUACAUCGGCAGCGAAUCGUUCCUUUCCAUGUUUUGGCUUCAAAAACCGACAGGCGUAGUUGUAGACUGUGGCUCCUCUAUCUCAUCCGUCGUGGUUGUACAAAAUUAUUGUCGACGCCAUAGAACUGUGCUGACCUUUGGUGGUCGAGAUGUGACCAUGUCCCUUCUCUACGAUCUAGCCACUAACUACAGUGACAAAUUCGACUACGAAAAUCCUGCUCACAUCAAGGACGUCAAAAGAAUGAAAAGGAGAGUAGCAUUCGUAAGCACCAACCAUGCCAGAGAUUACAUGGCGCCAUAUAAAGGCUAUUCUUACUUCCAUAAACGAGCUUUCGAAUUUGAUGAAGAGCGGUUUAUGUGUGGUGAAGGUCUCUUUUAUCCUAGGCUCUUCGAAAAGAGUGACGUAGGAAUUCACCGUGCAGUGUUUGAUGCCAUCGAAUCACAACCCCAGGCAACCCAAAACGAGCUUUACAAUUGUAUUGUUUUGUGUGGUGGCGGCACGUUGUUGAAGUCGUUCAAUGAAAGAUUAUUAGCCGAACUGAAGAUACUUCGAAAGGCCAAAACGACUAUCAAUGUCAUAGCUGAAAAGCAUCGCCAAUACAGUGCUUGGUUGGGUGCUAAGAAGGUUAUAGAGCGUCUGAGCAACGUUUUUGAGGAAAAACUAAUUGUGAGUAGAGCGGCGUACGAAGAGCAAGGGCCGACUAUCUUUGAAAAGAGAGAAACUGCAACUGUCUUUUGGGAAUCUUCGAGAAAGUUUGAAAAAUUGUGUGGACCACAAUGAGACUAUUGAACAAACGACUGUCAAGAUUACAAUUGAAAGUAAUCUUGUCAAUUGCAAGGCAUAUUGAGUUAGAUUAUAAUUUUGUU